UAUAUCGAGGCGGAUAUAGCUAAUGUAUAACAGCAGCACUGCGCCAUUUGCAGAACGCUCAAUUCAAAUAUGAAUUUUGAUUUUUACUGGCGGUCUUUUCUACCAGUGACUGUUUGACAAGUUAUAAAGAAUAAUCGCUUUCAACUCGCCUUGACCUCUCUCCGCCGCAUCGUGCGCCCCCCGACUGAUAAGAUUAUUUUCAAUGUUGUACAUAUAGAUGCACGUUGAAGAUCGUAAAAAUGUCGAGUUCUAAUAUCCGCGUUUUCACUGUAUUUUGUACGAUAGUUGCAUUUUUCUUAGUCAAUAGCUCUUCUAGCAAACCAAUAAGACACUAUGGCCGCUGUAAUGUGGGGAACGAAACCGGUUACUGCCAGCAUCGGCAACGGUGUUGGGAGCAGGGAGCAAACUUCAGCAGCUCAGCCCGUAGCCAGUGUCCAAGUCAACUACGUCACGAUCUAGUUUGUUGUCGCCGCGCACCGUUUGGGAUUGUUUCCUCUGCCCUGAAGCAAUUGCUACCACAGCCGGGCGUUUGUGGCUUUGUUGAUUUCAUUGAAAAUCGUGUCAUAUCUGGCACCAUAUCAAGCAUAAGGGAUUUUCCAUGGAUGGCUCUGCUGCGCAAGUCUAAAGAUGGCGAGCAAUAUACACAUGUGUGCGGUGGCUCGCUUAUCCACGAGCGCUGGGUAUUAACAGCGGCACAUUGUGUGCCCAUCCGAGAGGAUAGUCAAACUUUGUUGCAGGUGCGCCUGGGCGAGUGGAACACGACCAACUCACCGGACUGCCAAUGGUCAGGGGGGGAAGAAAUCUGUGCUCCCCCACACAUAGACAUGAAUGUCGACCGGAUCAUAAUGCAUGAGGAAUAUGUCAAGGAAUUUGCACCGAAUGCCAAACUUCUCAACGACAUUGCACUUCUGCGUCUGCAGCAGCCCGUCAACUUUUCAGAGUUUGUGCAGCCUAUUUGCCUGCCAAGUUCUAAUGAUGACGAUGAAUACACGUACGCUGAUUAUGCCAUGGACAUUGCUGGUUGGGGCAACACCGAGCACACGAGCUUCGGCGGCAGUCCGAUCAAAUUGAGGGCAGUGCUGAACGCCUUGUCCAUGGCCAACUGUAGAAAAAACUAUCCGCAUAUUAUGUCGAGUCAAUUGUGUGCCGGUGGCGAAACGAUGGCGGGUACCUGUCACGGUGAUUCCGGCGGUCCACUGAUGUACCAGCUGGCAUAUGAUGACAAGGAAAACAGAGCCUACUAUAUUGCUGGCAUUGUUUCACUGGGCUUGGCAUUCUGCAAUUAUAGUGGGCAACCGAUGAUAUUUACCCGAGUUGAACAAUAUGUGCCUUGGAUAAUGGGCACUAUUAGCGCCAAUAUGUAAAGUAAACAAUUUAGACAGAUCAGACCAUUGUUGAUUGAUAUAAAUGAAUGUAUUUGCCAAAA